CUUCGUCAUUGGGUUCCUAUUCAAUGCGCAACGUGCCUUAGGACAACACAACAACCAUGGCUACCGAAAUAUCGGAGUCUUCUUGGAAUGAGAUCGUCAGCUCUUUUGACACUACCCUGGAGAAACUCGAGGCGCAUCGUACAUUACUCCAGAGUCUCGUGCCUUCACAGAUAUCACGAAAUGAUUUGGCUGUUGAACAGAUUCAAAAGCAACUUGAGCAUACGCUACAGAUCAUCGUGAUAUUCAAACAAUCAAUUCCGACUAAUUCAAAGCCUGCCACGCGACCGGUCGCAUCACCAGCUCCGCCCAAAAGCCCAGAACCCACCGAAGAACAUCAAGCUGAAAUUUCAAGGGGAGAAGACGACAAAGAAACUACUUCAACGCCACAUAUCCCCGCAGAGCCCACCAUCGACCCUAGCGGGCUGUUCUCCGUCGACACAAAUCCAACUCCUAUUGAAGAACUCAUCCGAGCCAAACCAGUUCAUGCCGGGAAGCAGCAUAAUGACAGGGGUCAUAAGAGAAAAAUCAGUCAGACAGAAGGGGCUGCAUUAGAAGAAUACAACUCGAGUGAGCACACUCCUAAAAAGAACCGCGGCAAAGAUUCAACCCAUAUUCCCGAAGCAGACGACUCGUUCGAAAAGGGCGUUGCAGCAAGAUUGAAGGCCAAACAGGAUCGAAAAAUAGCCAAAAGCAAUAAGAAGAGGAAGAGGCAAAGUGAUUCAUCUAGCGGCCCCGGCUCAUCAUCAAAUAAAGCAACCCAGAACAAGAAAAUGAAGAAAGCAAAUGGGAAGCCGAAAGCCAAUCCGUCGGGCACAGAGUCCAAGACAAAUCUGGGACUUCGUCCAGCGCCGAAAAAGAGAAAUAGUGGUGGAGGGGCUGUCAAUGGUGACUCGCACAAUCAACGAGCUAGCAAGAGGAGAAAGAAGUCGAAGUAGGAGUGGAGACUUUUUCCGGUUUGAUUGAGGUUGAGGGGAGAUUGUAUUAUUGUGCAGCUACACCAGAUGACUGCCUGCUAGUCGGUCAAGGCAGGCCCCAUGAUAUGAGUGAAAUGAAGUAAUGACACGAGUGGCAUAUUGUAUGGAUCAGAAGCGGUCGGAUCAGAUACCAUCAAAAAGCCCUCAGCCUUGUUGUAACUUGAUCCACUAGAUAUCGAGGUAUGGACGGGGUAUGGCCCUAGAUCAAAGCCCUCCAAUCUCACGGUCCAAAACCCGGUAUACAAAAUCAA